GGACCGUUCCCUGCCUAGCCGGUUUCUCUUCACUCAACGACCACCACCGGCACCGGAGAACCGCUUAUUUCACAACUCACUCAAUUUUUCUCCGAAAAACCUCUUCCCAUUCCAGAGGUACUGUUACUUCUGUUUUACGGUCGAAGGAAGGGAGCACGGCUGCCGAGCUAACUGAGUCGCCGGUGAAAAUAGUUGCGGUUGUCGGUGAAGGAACUAUCAGUCCUCUAAAAUGCGCCACGUGGGAGGAGGUUAUGCUCCAUACUGCAAAAAGAUUGAAAUGGGUUGAUGAAGGUUAUGAAAUGCUUGUCUUCACGGACGAACUUUGUAAAUCUCAUGAUCAAAUAGCCCUGGAUCUGCAAAAAGAGUUGCUUUCUGCUAAUAUUUUGGUGGUUGUUGCUGUUACUAAUCAAGAAUCAGUGAAGUGGAUUCAGAACAAUGGCAGAAGCAUCCCAAACAUUAUCUGCUUUGACUCCUCAGGGGAUUUAACAAACAAACUAGGAGGGUCUUAUGUUCUCAGUGAAACAAAAGGAACCUUGUUCGACAAUAUAGUUGGAAUCUCUCAAUUAAAGAAAACAAAAGAACCGGUGGAAGUUGUGCAAACUGUAUCUGAGGCAUGGGACCGGCAUAAUUCUGAUGACAUAAGGUUCUGUUUACUGGUUAUUAUAAACACUUAUAUAAAGCCAGUUCCAAUCUUGAAAAACCUGAGAUCAAAGGGUUUUUCUACACUGAAUUGCAUGGUGAAGAACUGUGGCCCUCAGAUAUUGAAUUGCCUUAUGGAUCCAAACUGUAGGAAAGCUCUUCAAUGUUUGAAUAGGUGUAGUCCUGUAGAUCAGGUGUGCAAUUAUCGCUGCAUUGCUUCGUAUGAAAGUCCAAACCUAGAAGCAUUUUCUCUGUGUGUUCUGCAGAAAAACAACUGUCUUGAUUUGGAUGCAAAGAUACCAGAAAAGCCAUAUGUGCCACCCAUGGCUAAGUUUCGAGACAAGGACUUGUGUCAUGAAACUGCUGAAGAUCUUUUUGUUGGUUGGUUGGGGAGUUUGGAUUGGAGUUGGCGAGUUGUUGCGGGGCAGAACCCAGCUUAUGAUCAAUUUCCAUGCCAGUACCAGCUAUUCUAUAGGGGAAAGGCAAAAGGAUCAUUUUGGUAUGAGCCAAUUUUUCAAGUUAAAACUUUAGAAGGAGAAAUGGUAUGGAGGAGGCGUAAAUAUCGGGUUAAGAGAGGCAAAGUUCCUGGAACAUUUUACUUUAGUGUCUUGGAUAACGGGGUUGUAUCAAAUGAGUUCUGGACAAUUGUGGAUGUCUCUGAUGAUUUUAGCUGGGGUUUAUUUCAUUAUAGUGGUGCAGCUCGAGUGGCAGGGCAAUCUUAUUCUGGUGCAGUGCUUGUAAGUCCUGAUGGAGCAUACCCUAAGGAGUCAAAGAGCAGUGCAUUAUUUUUUUCUUUGGAAAAGUGUGGAAUUAAGGACUGGGAGUUAUUUAUAGUUGAUAAUUGUUCAUGCCAGGAUCCCCCAUUGGGAAUUCCUGAAGGUUCAAGGUUACAUUCUAUGAUUAAUGUAAAAGACCAGAGUUGGGCUUGUCAAUAGGGAUAGCCAACAAUUUGAAGUUCAUUUGGCUUCGAACUUGCUUAUCCAGCUAAAAACUCAUUUGUGUGUGAAUCUGGAAGAUGUUUUUCUUACCCAUUCAUAACUCUUAACAAAUAUGCUAUGUUAAG